UGAAAUCAGAUUAAUUUCAGUUAAUUAAUAUUAAAUGACUAGAAUAGUCUUUCUUUUUUAUUCAAAUUUAUUUCUGUGUAUUGAUGAAUUUAUCAUACAAUUAUACAAUAAAUAAUUAUACUUCAUUGUAAUACUGCCUCGCUAUUUUAUUAUUCGCUGUUGUGAUGAAAUAUAGUUACUAAAAAUUAUUAACAUAAAAUCGAAUUUUCCAUAAUGAUUUGUCAAAACGAAUUUUAAUAAGUAUUUAUUUAGAAGGUGUACUGCACUUAUUUUAUGAUGUCUCGCUCGUGUACUUUUUAAAUAACCUAUAAAAAUUAUAUGAAAAUUCUUUCUCGAAAAUAUUUCUGUUCAUCGUGAAUCGCCAGUGCAUCCGAGCGUUGUUAUACUUGUUAUAAACUGAUCGAAGGAUUGGUCACUGAAGCGAAAUGAGGUGAAUCAAGGCGAUGUAAGGUGAAGAAUAAAGAUAAGCAGCCAACGCAAGAUGUAAUCUGAUUCGUACGUCGCGUUCCUUAGCCGUUGGCUGCCUGCUUCGCAUGGCUGAGCUUAGGACUGGCUGGUGCAACUUGUAUUAUGUUUCACGUUGCUGCGGUUCUUGUCCGGCGAGUCUUGACGCAGAAUCUCUACAAUAGCCUCGGAAAUGUCACGUAACAUGACAGUGGAAGCAGACAUCUCGCGGCGCCUUUAUCGCGCCGUAAUCGAUAAAGCGAGAAAAAAGGACGCAGGAACAUUCUCGCCUUCCAGGAACCCACCAUAUGACGUAGUGCCGGUGGCGUGGACCUCCCGUCAAGAAUUCUCUAUCUCUAUGUAAAAAGAAGAUAGAGUGAUAUGUUAACCGAAGACAAUGAUCCAACAAAACCAGCAGGGGUUUUAGAUAAUGCUGGCAACGUGUCUUCUUCGACAGAAGCCUCGGUACAGCAUCCUCGCGCCGCAAACAAUGAGACCGAAGUUAAAAACGAGGUACAGGACUGUCCUGAGAAUGACAGCGUACCCGGUGGUGAACUGUACAUCGAUGAGAAUGCCGAGGAAAAGGAACAGGAGUAUCCGGAUUCGAUGGAAAAGGCGGAUUACGGAUCCCUGUACGGUGCCAAUCAAUAUUACAACAGCCUAUACAACUCGCCGCCUUACGGAUCAACAACAGUUUCGAAAAACGCAUCGAGCUUGCAGAGUUCGUACUUAAGCUCUUACACAUCGUCAAGCUCGAUGACGCAGUAUCCGUCCUAUGCCAGUUACAAUAGCGGGACGACUUUCCCGAACAUGGCGCAAAAUAUAUCAUCGGCCUCUCAAAAAUUAGACUAUAGCGCUUACAGCAGUAGUUUGUACGGAAACGACAGGGUACCGCUCCAGUAUUCCGGAUAUUAUCCUAUGCCCGGUUAUCAUGCACCGCCAGCUUCGUUUAAUAUCGGAAACAUCAACUUCGCUGAAGAUUCGACCAAAUCCGCGCUCACGUUAGAUCCAACGACGCACGAUGCGAGCGAUCUGACCGCACGGGAAACCGCAAAUAUCGAAGUAGCAACGACGAAGCCCUGCAGGCGCGGAAGAAGACAGAGCGGAAGCGGAAACAGUAUCGGUUCCGCGGACACGACGGAAGCCGGCCCCGAGCGUAUAUUCAUCUGGGACCUCGACGAAACCAUAAUCGUGUUUCACUCCCUACUAACCGGACAUUUUGCCACCAAGAACCGUAAGGAUGCAAAUCAUCUGGCUCAAGUGGGGUACAGAAUGGAAGAGAUGAUAUUCAAUUUGGCGGAUGCGCACUUUUUCUUCAAUGACGUCGAGGAUUGCGAUCAGGUGCAUAUAGACGAUGUUUCGUCGGACGACAACGGGCAGGACCUGUCAUCCUACAAUUUCGCGACCGACGGUUUCCAGUGCGCGACUGCGAACAAUGGGAUAUGCUUGGCAUCCGGUGUGCGAGGAGGUGUUGACUGGAUGAGGAAGCUAGCAUUUCGUUAUCGUAAAAUCAAGGAAAUUUAUUGCAAUUAUCGGAACAACGUGGGUGGCCUCCUAGGUACAGCCAAGCGCGAGCAGUGGCUGCAGCUACGUUCCGAGAUCGAAAUGUUGACGGAUAACUGGUUGACGUCGGCAGUGAAGUGUCUGAACAUUAUCAACAAGAGAAGCCAUUGCAUCAACAUUCUAGUGACGACCACGCAGCUGGUACCCACGCUCUCCAAAGUUCUGUUAUUUGGCAUCGGCGGAAUAUUUCCCAUAGAGAAUAUAUACUCGGCCUCCAAAAUUGGAAAGGAAAGCUGUUUCGGUAGGGUGGUCGCUCGAUUUGGCCGCAGAUGCACGUACGUGGUGAUAGGAGAUGAUUCAGACGAGGAAACGGCAGCGCGGGCGCAUAACUUUCCCUUUUGGAGGAUAAAUAGUCAUUCAGACACUCAAGCCCUAUAUACUGCCUUAGAAAUGGGAUUCCUUUAAUCAAAAGCAUACACGAAAACCAGUUUAUAUCAGAAAACAUUUCGGUCAUAUGGAAAAUUGCAUGGCGCGUAUUUCUGUACGAUUAGCAAGAAAAAUUAGCGAUAAAACCAUGCUUAACACAUACAUACACACACAUACAUUCCUUCACUUUCUUUUUCAGCUCUUUUAUCAUUCCUAUAACUUUUACCGUGUGUAAUAUACGUAAAAGAAAAAAGUCGACUUUCGCAACUGUCGUAGUUAUAUAUGCUCGUCGAUAUUAAAAUUCGCGAGUUCGGUCGGACGUCUCGUCCGCAAGUGAUAUAGAAAGAAAGUAAAAUUUUAGCGAUAGCAAAAAAUUUGGAGAACAAAGAUUCAUGUAUAAUAAGAUUCUCUUUCGUGCGGUUUUUUAGUGUUGGCACUUAGUCACGUGUACUAUACAUAAAACCGAGAAACGGAAUCUGUGAAAAAUAUAUUAUAUAUACAUAUAUAAAUAUAAAAUAAUAUACGUUUCAUGUACUUAAACGCACUACGUUUGCAUCUUUUUUCUUCAGAUAAUAACAAAAUCAAAGGAUUUUUACUAGUAUGUGCUAAUAGAUUCUAACAGAACAGAUUUUUUUUCAUUGAUAUUCUUUACACAACUUGUAAACGGAUUUACAUAAUUUUUCACAAAUUAUUAUUAUAGAUAUAGAUUCGCUUAAUGUACCAUGAUAUUUCCACGCGCAAAUUUAUUGCAAAGAAUCAAUUUAAUCGUUUGUUACAUUUCCAUUAAUUAUACCCGCUUUAUAUCUAUGUCUGUCAUACUAUCUGUAUUUUUUUACAUUCCUUUAGUAUUUGUAUCGCAGAUAUAAGCAACAUUAUGUAUACUUUGAAAGUAUCCAUAUCAAUUAUACACACACACCAUAUAAUCUUACUGGACAUAAAUGCAUUAUAAGAAGUAUUUAUAUAUUUGUAAAAAUACUAUAUAAUUAUUACCAUAUUUUGAAAUUGUACAAGGCUAUUUGACAAACGAAAAAAUGCAUUAAGUAAUAUAAUAAAAAAAGAAGAAACGAAUUAGUAUAAUUACUAAUUACGUUGACAUCGUUAUGUGUAAAAACAGUUUAUAAAAAUUUUCUGAAUAUAUCGUAUUAUUCGUUAA